GCGGCGAUCAUGUGACCCGAAGUGUGACGUAGGAGGAAGGAGACGCCAUUAGAGGGAGGCGGAGAGGGACAGCUCUGCCUUUCCUCGGAUACCUGACGUGGUGGCUGGGGCCCGUCAUUCUCGGACUUUACCUCGGUCCUUCCAGGCCUUGCCCAGAGGAGGGAGUGGAGACGGCGCCCGGGAUUGGCGGCGCCGAUGCGGAGGGGCCUGUGUCGGCCGAGGCUGUGAAGGAGCUGCGGUGGCCGUGGGGCGCUCGGCACGGCUCUAGGGCUCGGGCGUUAGGGACGCGACGGGAUGGCUGCGGCCGGCGGCGGCGGGGCGGCGGCAGCCCGAGCCUACUCGUUCAAGGUGGUGCUGCUGGGGGAAGGCUGCGUGGGAAAGACGUCGUUGGUGCUGCGCUACUGCGAGAACAAGUUCAACGACAAGCACAUCACCACUCUGCAGGCAUCAUUUUUAACAAAGAAGUUAAAUAUUGGUGGGAAACGAGUAAAUCUUGCUAUAUGGGAUACAGCAGGUCAAGAGAGAUUCCAUGCAUUGGGGCCAAUUUACUACAGAGAUUCAAAUGGAGCUAUUUUAGUUUAUGAUAUAACAGAUGAAGACUCUUUUCAGAAGGUUAAAAACUGGGUCAAAGAAUUACGGAAAAUGUUGGGAAAUGAAAUCUGUUUAUGUAUAGUUGGUAAUAAGAUAGACUUGGAGAAGGAGAGACAUGUUUCCAUUCAAGAAGCAGAAUCGUAUGCAGAAUCUGUGGGAGCAAAACAUUAUCAUACUUCAGCCAAACAGAACAAAGGAAUUGAGGAACUCUUUCUUGACCUUUGUAAAAGGAUGAUAGAAACAGCACAAGUGGAUGAGAGGGCAAAAGGCAAUGGCUCCAGUCAACCAGGAGCUACAAGGCGAGGUGUGCAGAUUAUUGAUGAUGAACCUCAAGCCCAGAGCGGUGGCGGAGGGUGCUGUUCUUCUGGAUAACUGUUGACCCCUAAGAAAUUAAACAAACUGUGGAUCAUUGCCCUCAACAUGAAGACUGCCAUAUUCCAAGUCACAUUAUUUUACCAAUGGAAUUAUAGGAUUAACAGUAUUUUAAAUUAUGUUUAUAACACUGCAGAGACCUUAAGUGCUAAACUUAGUGGAGUUUGUGACCAGAGAAUUGGCAUUUUCUACAAAUGUUAACAAAGCAAUUACCAAUGGCCUUUUUACAUAUUUUUUUUCUUUAAUAAGGAAUAAUAUGCAUGUAGAAAAGACCUACUUAAAGUCUUCAUUUAUAUUCUUUUAAAUCAGAUCUUUAUUUAAUAACUUAUAUAUGUUGUUGGAAUGGUAUACAUUUUUGCAGCCCUUUGUAUUUUGUGGUAGUUUGAAUUGUAUCACUUCUAAACAGCAAACUUUUUGUUUUCAUUUUUUUUUUAAUUAGCAGAUACCUGAAGUACUAUUUUUGCAGGGUUUGCACAGGCCCUUAACUGUCUACUACUUUGAUAUAAUCUAUAUACAUCCUGUAUGCUGAGCUGGUAAAAUACAUUGUAAACUACAUAUUAAAUAUUUUAUCUGCUUUUACAAGCGCAAGGUGCAAAAAUAUAUACGGUAGUCUCAUUGAUGACUGUAAAGUGAAUUAACAUUUGGUGAUAAUGCCUAAGCUUUUUGACUCUGAUAUAAAAAUUAUAGUUCCCCUUCACUUUUGUCUUAACUUAAAAGUGGCGUGUUUAAAUUUUCUCAUAUACUUUACUUGAAUUAUUGCUGUUGUCACAUUUUUUGCCUCUGUAAAUCCAUCUGAUGAUUGAACAACAGCAUUUGCCUUUUGGUUUGGAUUUUUUUUGUUGUUCUUUUGUUGGGGUUUUUGUUCUUUUGUUUUUUUGUUUUUGUUUUUUGGGAUAAGAGAUGACUUCUGAUUUUGCUUUAGAAUGGUUACCUUAGAAGUAUUUGAGCGGAGCAUGCUGAGUUUCACUUCUGCAACGGCUUUAGUUUUCUCUUAGGCUUUAUAUGAGAUGGAUUCACUGGUGUGAGAAGAAAGUUAGAAGAAGUCCCAGGUAGUAGCCACUCACCAAGACUCAUUCAUACAGCAUGUUGGUGGUAGUUUCUGCUCCCGAGGAAGCACUUGUAGAUCUUUUGUGAGCAAGCUGUUUUUGUUCAUUGCUUGCCAGAGAUGAACACAGAAAUUUUUGUUUCAUUUUAUAAGAGCUAUCCUUCUAAGUUUCUUUGAAGGGACACAUUUCAUGUAAUGCAGUUAUAGCGAACACUGGAAAGAUUUAUUAUAAAAUUAUAUUCUUGUAUACUUUGUAAAUUAGUUUCUCACUAGGUUUUUUUUUUUUUUUUUUUUUUUUUCCUAAGUAAGCAUAGGACUGAACUUAAAUUUGUUAAUUUUAAUAGAAUCAGGCACUGCUCACUGAAGGAACACAAAUUGUGGAAAUUAACAUAAAUUGUUCUUGUUCUAAUACAUAUAUUUUUCCAUUUCUGUCAUGCUUGGAAAACCAGUAAAUGUUAUGUCUAAGAUAAAAUGGAAUGUCCCUGGGUUUCCUUUUUGUAAGAAGCAGAAGUAUGCAAUAAAGUUACUAGCAUGAGCAAUUAAGAGGAUAUGAAGAGGUCAUAGUUAAUAAAGAAGAAACUUUCCCAGAUGGGUUAAAGUUGAAUAGAUCAACACCUUGAUGUGAUGCUAGAAUUUUAACUUAGUAUUAAGUAUUCCAUACUUCCUCAUUUUGCCUUCUUCAGUUAUCGUCCUUGCCAAACUCAACACACUGCUUCUCUGUUGUGUGUGGUAAGGGAGGGUAGGGUGGGACAAGUCCUCAGGAAGAUAAGCUAAAACUGUCUUCUUCUAUGAGAUGACUGUACUCUAUGUAGUUUCUUGGUUUCCUUUGAAAUUACUAUUUAUGCAGGGGGUAGAGGGAGGCAGAGGGAAUCAUGAGUACACAUAUAGGAAAAAUUGUUUUUGCCCUCUUGAUUCUUUCGGUGAUGGUAAUGAAAGGCUUGACAUUUGUAGAUGGAAAAUAAGCCCUUCUCCACUGGAAUGAAGUAUGUUUAUAAAACUAAUGCGAUGAAAUUGAGCUUUAUUCCAAAAAAAUAAAGUCAUAAAGCCUGAUAAUCGGAGAGUUGUACGCUGAAUUUUUGACCCUAUAUUAGUGAUAUAAAGUCCAGAUAGAAACUCCUGCUUCAGAAGUGCCAGAUAAUUAUUGGUGGGGUAUAGCCACUCUCCAUAUUUUUUUCUCCUUUACUCUCCCUUGGUUUCUGUGUAUCUUUAACCUCUAGCAUUUCAGUCUUCUUUUUUUUAACCUGUAAUUUAAGCUAAUUCAGUAGCAACAGUAGAUAAUACAGUAUAUAUCUGUCCUUGCUCUGAAGCCCAAAAAGUCCUUAGGGAGGAAUAGAGUGAAAGGGUAAUGAAAGAGGACCAACCAGUUGCAGCAUGUGUACAAAGGAAAGAUAAAGAGAUGAUAAACCAAGGCUGAGGACGUUUUUCUGAUACUUUGUUUACUUCUCUAAUAUGUUUUUUUGUGUUCCUGUCCUUAUGAUUGUGCUGUUAGGAAGAAGACACAAGUUACUGUGUUGUGUAUUAAAAAUAGUGGGUAGGUAGAACCAGUAUAUUUUUUAUCUAGUAAGUGUGUACUCAGUAUAUAUAAUUAAAAAUUGGUUUAGAAUAGUCAUUAUAAAGGUCUCUGAAUAUUUAAAGUAUGCAAUCAUUGUUUCUGUAAUGAUGAUGAGUAUUCUGCUUCUUUUGCAUUGUGAUUAUAGAGGAAGGUCAUUGUUUUUAAAAAUGUGUAUUGCAACAAUUUUGGGGUAAACAGUAAUCUGACAAGAAACAAGCAUCAUGUUAUUGUAUGAAGUAAGAUUGUUUGAAUUUGCUUUGUUUUGGGUUAUCUCUUGAAAGUAGCCUUAAGCUAUGGCUGUUACAGCUAAAUUGAAAUAUUUUAAAAAAUACAUUAGCUAUGUAUUAUUAGUGAUUAGUUAACAUUAGAACGAUGUUUCAUUUUUAGAUUUUUUAGUAAGAAAAAAUAAGAUUUGGGGUCUAGGGAAGGAGGGUAGUAAGGAGUAGAAUGAAAGUCAGAUAGAUAUGAAAUUCUACAACCUGACAGUUGACAGUUUAAAAUCAUUUUGAAAACCACAUUACUUUUAUCACAUAGUUUCUAAAUGAGGCAAGUUACGCAUUGUGCCAAAUAUUUAGAACAUUAAAAAAAAUGAAUUGU